GGCAGCUGAAACAUGCUCAGUGAUGCCUGCAAGAAAACAACAAAGGCCAAGACUCACAAGAUCAGUUGUGACAUACUGUCAAGUCACAACUGAUUUAUGUUACCUGGACCAAGGAGCUCUCAAGACAAGUGAGAAGCAGAGGUGGUCUCACUCUCAGGAAAGAAAAACACACUUCCCUGGGAGUAAGAUCCACUGAAGAACAGUGGACCAACUUCAGAUUAGACCUGUAUAUGCCCAGCUGCAGGUCUUAGAUAUAUACACAAUUUGCCUGCAAAUAUUUCUAAUAGCAUUCUUUCUGAAACAGGAUUCACUCUACUUGCCCAGAGACAGACAUCAAGAACAAACUGGUCAGAUGACUCAUCAAAUAGGUGAAAAGCAAAGCAGAAGAAACUGCAUCAAGGGAGCAUUCAGUGUCCUUAACACAACAGGUUCCAUAAAGCUGCGUAAGAGAAUUGCCAGCUUUCGCCAAAAGCUUUCAGAUUCCAGUGGCAGAUACUGGGAAGACCUGGCAACUAGUCCCGAUAGUUCAGUGACCUCUCUUAAUGGCAGAAAACAUCCAGAAGCUGACUCGUCUAUUCCAUGCAUGACCGCAUUGGAAGCCUCCUUCCCUCCAGAAGAAGAAAAACCCCUCCAGAAGGCUGCAAUAUGGGCCUCAAGAGGAAGCCACGCGGACCUUGACAUGGAAAUGGACAACGACCUCCAAAGAGUAAACGAAAGUCUCGGCGCUGGCAUAAUGGUUGAUCUACCCCACAGAUCUUCUAAGCCCUCUGACCAUCCUAAAGGCACAGGAGUCUUUGGUGAACCGGACGAUCUGAUGCUUGAUCCUUCUUCACUCAUGGAUAUCGACAUUUUGGAUUCUUCAGGACUCCUCCAAAAUCUCCUUGGGACUUCCUCACUACAGCCUCUGUUGGCAGCCCCCAUUGGUGACAUUGUAAUGCACAACGAAAUGGGCAUCAGAAACACCAAAGAGAUCCCAGUCCUAGAGUGGGUUGGGGAAACUCUGAGGAAACAGAAACUGCAGGCAAUGCAGAUUUGAAGCAGAAAAGUGGGAUUGCUGAUAAUUUGCGUGAGCACAAUAAAUCACAGUGGGUGCACAGGUGAACAGCACAGGUGGAGGUGCUUUUUUCCCCUGCCAUUGCAUGAAAAGGUGACUGAGCAGACUAGUA